AUGACAGGAUCAGCAUCGUCUGGACAGCGCAAUUGGUUUCAGAAACUUCUGAAAAAGAACAGGACGUCCACCUCCAGGCCUGAAUCGGUUAUCAGUUCUCGUGAUAUAAUGCACUACAUUCAGGAGCACGAGGCCAUCAUCGACCCGGAUUGCAUUUUAUCUAUUGAACCUGAGCACUGCCCCGAAAUAUCGAACGAUGCUGUUGAAGAUUACGAGGAGUCGCCCGAACCAGAGGUACAGGGAGACGUGCUGAGCAAUUGUAGAUGUUGUGGGACGAUAUUGAAGUAUCCCACUUUUGUGAAGAGAAUCAAGUGUACUAUUUGUGACACAAUUACUAUCGUGGAAAAUGGCGACCCAAAGAAUGCAGAUCGCAAUGGCUUGAAUAGCGAUUCAGGUCAAACCCAACUCCUAAGUUUAGAGUAUUUGGAAGAAUUCAUCCAGAAUAAUUCUUCACCAAAGGCAUUGGGGGUCAUGUUAUACGAAUCUUUUAGUUCUUUUAGAGUACUGAACAAUUCAUUUCGAGUUCCCAAUUAUCGGUUAUCGCAUCGCACUCCAGGGUUAGAUUUUCCCCAGAUAAAGCGUUUCUACAAGAGAAUACUCAAAUUGCCUUCCAUCAACUCUUACUACAAGAUGCUACUAGGUAUGUCAGAUCUCCUGAAGAGAUCUCCAGAGUUAGAAGAACCACAGAAUAUACUCUGGUUGUUAAUUAUUCUUGAAUUGCCCACCUUCCAGCAUGUUUUGAUUCAUAAAGCAAACAUCCCAGAACUUAGGUCCGUCCAAUAUGAUAUUCUGAAAAGGACAAUUGGGUUGAUUGCAAACUUGAACAAGACCCCACUUCAGUAUCUCUGCAACUGGUUGCACCGUUCUCCAGAAUUUUUAAUUAAAGUGGAUUUAAUCAACUUAUACAUCACCUUUCACGUUACGAAAUGCAUAAACUAUCAACUCAAACCUACGAACACUACAGACACAGCAACUCAUUCAGAAGAUGAGAAUGUCAACUACAAGGACACACUAUUCAAAGAUAUGAAUGCCACAUCUCCCGCCCAGGCCCUAGAUGCUCUGCCACAAAACGCAACUAUGAAUAGGCAAGAUGAGUUUACCUCAAAAAUAGGAUUGAGUCAAUAUGGCAACAACUGGCAUAUCAGAACUGGUGCCCGGGCUUUAUCUAUAUUUUUCACCGCCAAUAGCCACAAUGGCAAGUUUAAAGUACCAGUAUCCAAUUUUUAUAACACAUUGGUCGAUUACGUCAAUAUCAAGGAGGACUUUGAUGCUUGGCAACUCAACAACAGGAAAAUGUCUAACGGGGCGUCUUCCACUGGGGACUCCGUUCAAUCUGUGAUUGACUACUUACAAAAUAACACGAUAUCAGCAUACUAUGGAAUAUUAUCGAACGACCCAACCCAAAUGAGAAAAUUGUCAUUUACCUUUUGUCAGUUCCCAUUUUUGAUUUCUCUGGGCUCAAAGAUCUCAAUCCUUGAACAUGAAGCCAAAAGAAAGAUGGAAAGAAAAGCAGAAGAAGCUUUCAUAAACUCUCUGAAUCAGAAACAGCCAUUUGGGAUUUAUUUCAAAGUCCGAGUUCGAAGAGGGCUAAUUGCUAACGAUUCCUUGAAAUGUAUCAAGAACCAUACGAACGACCUUCAAAAGUCUCUCAAAGUUGAAUUUGUAGACGAACCUGGCGUUGACGCCGGUGGACUUAAAAAAGAAUGGUUUGUUCUACUUACUAGAGAACUUUUUCACCCGAACAAAGGGUUAUUCUCAUAUGAUGAAACAUCGAAAUUGGCCUGGUUUACCAUAUCCAACAUUGACCACGAAGAAUUAUAUUACUUGGUCGGAGUUGUUUUGGGAUUGGCUAUCUAUAACUCCACCAUCUUGGAUCUUCGACUACCUUUUGUUCUCUUCAAAAAGUUAUUGAAUAAAAAACCAUCCUUGGAGGACUUUUGCGAGCUAUAUCCUGAAAAUGGUGGUAGUCUGAGAAAGUUGCUGAAGUUGCAGGAUGACGAAAUAUGGGACAACAUGGAGAUUUAUUUUGAUGUGACCUAUUCAGACCUCCUGGGGGCUAUUAAAACCGAGGAACUGGUCCCUGGUGGAUCCAGUAUCAAGGUGAACAAUUCUAAUAAGAAUGAAUACGUUUCCAGAUACCUUGACUUUUAUUUAAACAAGGUUAUAAGUAACUCCUUCAAUUCUUUCUACAAGGGAUUCUACAGUGUCAUAGGAGGCAAUGCCCUAUCGUUGUUCAGUCCGCAUGAGAUACAAUUGAUUGUACUUGGAGACGACAAUGAUGGGAAAAAAGUUGACACAGAGAUACUAAAAUCUGUUACAAACUACAACGGCUGGGACUCCCGGGAAGCUGCCGUAACAAGCAAACAAGUUGCCUGGUUUUGGGAGUUUUUUGACUCGAUUAGUUACAAACAGCAGAAGAAGCUCUUGCUCUUCAUUACAGGAAGUGACAGAAUUCCAGCUACCGGGAUUCAAAACCUUCCAUUUAAAAUCACGAGGCUCAAGGGCAACAAGGAGAGGUUUCCCAUAGCCCACACAUGCUUCAACGAGCUUUGCAUCUACGAGUACCCCGAUAAGAACACAAUGUGGAGGAAACUAGAGUAUGGGAUGAAUGAAAGCGAAGGAUUUGGCAUCAAGUAA